AAUUGGAAUUUUUUUUUUUUUUUACUUUUUCAUAUUUUUUUUUAUUCCUUCCCCUUUAUUUUGUUUUUUGUGUGGAAGUCGACGUCAUUUUCCAUGUGACUAAAACAAUGUAUCAGCUUGCACAUUUUGUUUGCCUUUCGCUUAAUUUCGUAUAAUUUCGCCAGGGUUCGUUGUUCCUUCCAUUGUCCUUUGAUAUUUGCCAGCGACUCUCGCCUUCUCGCACCAUUUAGGACUCCUGAGCACAAACAAACGCGCACGCGCACCUUUAGUAAUUCCGUUUUACGAUGGAGGGGUUUUCUGCUUUUGGGCAAUAUAAAUACUGCUGCGGCUGGCUGAAGGCAGACAGACAACACACAUCACAUGCAACCAACAGGUUUGACACUUUUCUGUUAGAAGAUCUGCUUCCAGGUGUGGAAACCUAAGAAUCACCAACUCAAGAUGCAAGUAUUGCUUCUCAUAUCUCUGAGUGUUGCCAUAUGUUGGGCCAGUUCUGAUUCUCAUCAAGAAAACGUGGAGACCCUGACGGAUAACGUCGUGGUCCUGAGGGUCCCUCAUGAUCACGGCAUCGUGUCCAGAGUCCCUCUGACCUGUGGACAAGCAAAUGACAACAAGCCAAUUUUUUGGAGAAAAAAUGGAGAGGAGUUUAUGCCGCCUCUGGAGGGCAACCAGGUAACAGUCAUGGUGAAGGAGAUGGAUGGAGGAAACUACACUUGUCACCUGGGUCCAAGCAAAGAGUACCUUAACCACACAGUGAUCCUGGUCCAACUAGAUCCAGACAACAGGACUGUCAUAUUGGAAAAGAAGUCCCCAGAAGAAGAUCAUAUCCACUGCUCAGCACCAAACUACAAAGGCUCCUUUCACUGCACCUGGAAAAAAACAAAGUACAGGUCCCACGCCUCUGUGCUCCUGGUUAAGGCAGAACGAUAUUUGGACAGCAUCCCCUGUGUGCUGGAUGCUGAUGGGUUGGGCGUUCACUGUCAGGAUGCUGCCUGCCCUUACAAAGAAGAGCAGUACCGCAUCUCCCUCACUGUUUACAUCCACAGCUAUGCUCUCCUGGAGGCCUACACCAAGUCCUUCUACCUCAGAGAGAUUGUAAGACCAGCAAAACUCCCCAACCUGCGCAUUUCCCAGGGCAAGAAUUUCAGUUGGGACUAUCCGGAGUCCUGGGAGAAGCCCUGCACCUUCUUCGGUCUCCAGUUCCAGAUCAAAGUUGUCCCGAGUGGGCAUUCCUGCCACAGUGGCGAAUUUAUUAUGAAUAACACAACCGAACAGACAAGUUAUGAGAUUAACUUCAAACCCAAGAAGUAUAUUUUCUGUGUACGCGCUCAGGACAAGCACACCCACGGCCCGUGGAGCCAGUGGAGUCAGUGCACAGUGAACAAACGUGAAGUGAAGUGCUAACUUCUGUCACUGAACAAGAAGGAACGCUGAAGGCUUCUGUCAAAUUCUUUUUUUUUAUAUUUCUUAAGCCAUUCACAAAAAUACAUUUACACACAUGUACAGUAUUUAUUUUUUAAUUUUGUACAUUUAAUUAUUGUGCAUCUUUUACGUUUUCCUGCACGUUAUUUCAAACAUUACAAUUUUAACAUUUUACAAUAGUUGACAUUAUCUGCAUAUAUGACACUGAUAGGAGUUUUGCAUUUACUAUCUCACAUGUAUAUUGAGUAAUUUGGUGUAUUUAUGAUAUUAAUAAUCGCUAAAAGGUGUAAAAAUGUGUCUGCUUGUUCCUACUGACCAGCCGGUACAAUAAAAUAAAGAGUAGAGACAGGCGUUUACAAAAAAGCAUUUUAUUGCAAAUGUACAGGUGGAUGUCAAAAAGACAAAGAAAAUCAUUGGCAGAUUAGAAGAUCAUCUCAUGAAUUAAUCAGGAUCUUAUUUUUCUGCAACAUCUGGAAAUCUCAGGCAAGAAUCCUUCCCUACUUCGUCUACGUCCCAAGAAAACUUGAAAUUGUUUGAUAUUCAUCUCCCAUCUUGACCUUUUUAAAUAAAGAAAAAUGGAAAAACCAA